AUGAUGAAGUCACAGUCAGAGGUUGAUAAUGCAGUAAUUAUUGGAGAUGACAGAAAGAACAAUUGGGAAGAAAGGGGUUUUGCAGAAGACGCAGCUGCUAGCAUGUGGCCUCCAAGACCUUACUCUUGCACCUUUUGCAAGAGAGAGUUCAGGUCUGCACAAGCUCUUGGGGGUCACAUGAAUAUUCACAGAAGGGACAAGGCUAGGCUCAAACAAAACCCUAACCCUCAUCAUCACAAUUAUCAACCCUUUUACCAUCACACCAUCAAACCCUUAUUAGGUAAUCAUAAUCAUCAUCGUUUUUCUGCACCACUCUUCUCCACCCAGAUAAACUGUGGUAUCACUCAUUCUCAUAGCUAUUCUAGUCAAGCAACUACAAUUUCAACAACCAGAUCAAUCUCACAAGAAAAUAAAUUUUCACACACCUCUUCUUCUUCAUUUAUCUUUCGACAAAUGGGGUCUCCCAAUUCAGAACAAGAAAAGGAGUACAGUUUCGGAGGCUUGGAAUGUGGUAAUUUUGUUGAAACAAGUUUGUCUCAAAAUUCAUCACCUUGUUGGGACAGACCAAACAUGAGUUGCAAGAGACUGAAAAACAGCAUUUGUUCUCUUCCUCUUUUCCUCAGACCAUGUUCAAAGGACAAAGGCCUGGCUCUUCAACCUGUGGAAAUCCCACUGGGGCUUCAUCACAGAAUCGAAGACUUGGAUCUUGAACUCAGGCUAGGGAAACAACAGAAAGUUGAGUAG